CUGGAUCCCGCCGAGCCCGUCGAUCGGCGCGACCCCGAAGCCACAGGGCAAGCCGACCGCGGCGAAGAGCAAGGCGACGGGCAAGCCGAAGGGCAAGCCGAAGGGCAAGGCGGAGGGCAAGGCGACGCCCAAGAGGAGUGCGCCGCCCAAGCUGGUGCUGCAGCCGAAGAAGAAGGCGCGCGCGAAGGCCAAGGCUGCGACGAAGGAGGAGGCGCCAGAGGAGAACUCAGCUGACAAGGAGGAUAAGGAGGCGGCUGUCGUGCUCACGCCGCCGAUCGACUGGGGCCAGGAGCCGAACUUCCUUGGCAACGGUGUGCGCACAUGCCAAGACGACGCGGGGGACCACUUCGAGCUGAAGUACCGCGAGCGCGCCUCCGAGGGCUACCAGUGCAUCGCGUUCAGGACCUUCAUCGAUGACGAAGCGCCCCAGUGGAAGCAGCUCAUCCAGACGGCGGACAAGGACUGGAAG